UGUAUAAUAGAAACAGGGUCUCUGUAUGUUCCCCAGGCUGGUCCAAAAUCCUGGGCUCAGGUGAUCCUCCCCCUAGUCCACCCAAAGUGCUGAGAUUUCAGGCAUAGGCCUCUGUGGCUGGUUGGAACCUGGGGCCCUUUUGAACUUUGAUUCCUCCGCAAUUUUGUCAGCCCUGGCUCAGGCUGAGAAGCCCAGAGAGGGAAAGGGACCUGCCCAGAGUCACACAGGAAUUGGGCCUCAAGCCUCCCCAGCCACUGACUUGUUUCCACCCAGGGCAUUUCAGUCCCUGCAGGCCAGAGGCCUGCCCCUCCUCCUCAGGGCCAGCAAGGGAUGCAGUGCCACAGGGAUCUGGCUGUGUCCCAAGCCCUGUGGGGCUGGCAGUGAGUAAGCACUCAGGCUGCCCCGCCCCAGCACAGCGCAUUCAUGCAGCUGGGCCCCGCCUGGUCUCCAGAGGCACCUUCCACUAGCAACAGUUUCCCCGGGCACAACACAGCUAACACAAGGCCUGGCAGGCAGGACUCUGGGACUGAAGCAGGCCUGCUGCCCAGAGAGCCCAGACCCAGCAUGGACACUGUGGACGCCACCAUGGAGAAACUCCGGGCACAGUGCCUGUCCCGCGGAGCCUCGGGCAUCCAGGGCCUGGCCAGGUUUUUCCGCCGACUGGACCGGGAUGGGAGCAGAUCCCUGGACGCUGAUGAGUUCCGGCAGGGCCUGGCCAAACUGGGGCUGGUGCUGGACCAGUCGGAGGCAGAGGGCGUGUGCAGGAGGUGGGACCGUGACGGCAGCGGGACACUGGAUCUGGAGGAGUUCCUUCGGGCUCUGCGGCCCCCCAUGUCCCAGGCCCGGGAGGCAGUCAUCACAGCUGCGUUUGCCAAGCUGGACCGCAGUGGGGACGGUGUGGUGACGGUGGACGACCUCCGAGGGGUGUACAGUGGCCGCGCCCACCCAAAGGUGCGCAGUGGGGAGUGGACCGAGGACGAGGUGCUGCGCCGCUUCCUGGACAACUUCGACUCCUCCGAGAAGGACGGGCAGGUCACGCUGGCGGAAUUCCAGGACUACUACAGCGGCGUGAGCGCCUCCGUGAACACGGAUGAGGAGUUUGUGGCUAUGAUGACCAGUGCCUGGCAGCUGUGAGCCGCUCAAGCUCAGCCCUGCUGGCCUGGCCUGUCACUCCCCACCCCUACCCAAGACUCCCCCUUUCCUGGGCCCCUACUCUCCUGGUUAGUCACACCACAGGGCGGGGAGGGGCAGGUGGGGGGAUGGAGGCCGCAGGACCGGCUAGACCAGGUCCCUGCUGGGUCGCCAGGCGGAGGUAGGACAGAGGUCUUAACAGGGGUCACUGGCACAGGGCCCCAGGGAGAAACACUCUCCCCACCCACGCCAUGCUGACACGAGGCCUUGGAGCCCCUGUCGAUGCCCCUGCCGAGGCCCCCCGAUUCCCCCCACCCAGCCUGCUGCUCCUCACCCCUCCCUUGGAGGUCCCCCAGGAAGCCAGGUGACUCGGGUGGAAGGCUGUGUGAUGAGGCCGUGCUGGAAGGCAGUUUGGACCUGCCCAGGUGUGGAGCGAGGGGCAAGGGGCAUCCUAACCUCAGAAACCAAAACAAAGCCUUAGGAAAAAAAAAUCUGUAAAUCAUCAGCACCAAAUCAGAAGAUGGCAAAUGGGGAAUAAAGACAGUAGUUAAGACCAUA